UGCAGUUUGCUAAGUCACCUGGACCAGCGAAGAUGCCCCACCAAGAGCAAGUGAUGGUUCACGGGAACCUCUGCACCCCUGGUCCUCCAAACAACGCCGGGUACAACAACAACCCGGUGCCCGUCAUCAUUCAGACAGAAUCACGCGAUAAAUGGAGCAAAAAAAUGGAUUUUCUUUUAUCAGUCAUUGGUUUUGCUGUAGAUCUCGGAAAUGUUUGGAGAUUUCCUUAUAUCUGUUAUCAGAACGGCGGCGGUGCAUUUCUUAUUCCUUAUGUCCUAAUGGCUGUAUUUGGUGGGGUGCCACUUUUCUAUAUGGAGUUAGCUCUGGGACAGUUCCACAGAACAGGUGCCAUAUCCAUAUGGAAACAUAUUUGCCCUAUUUUCAAAGGUAUUGGUUUCGCCAUCUGCAUCAUUGCACUGUAUGUGUCCUUCUACUAUAACACCAUCAUCGCCUGGGCUCUGUUCUACUUCUACUCCUCCUUCAGCAGCACUCUGCCCUGGACCAGCUGUGAUAAUGCCUGGAACACAGAAAACUGCACUAACUACUUUGGAAAAGACAACGUGACCUGGACUAACUACUCACGCUCACCUGCCGAGGAGUUUUACACGAGGAAUGUCCUGGCAGUCCAUGAAUCAUCUGGGCUUGGGGAUGUGGGAUACAUUCGCUGGCAGCUCAUGCUUUGCCUCUUCCUCAUCUUCACCAUAGUCUACUUCAGCCUGUGGAAAGGAGUCAAGACUUCAGGAAAGGUAGUAUGGGUGACUGCCACCCUGCCGUACGUGGUGCUGUUGAUUCUUAUGAUCCGUGGUGCAACUUUGCCAGGAGCGUGGAAAGGAGUGGUGUUCUACCUCAAUCCCAAAUGGGAGAAACUGAAGGAGACCAGUGUGUGGGUAGAUGCAGCUGCGCAGAUCUUCUUCUCUCUUGGUCCUGGUUUUGGUGUCCUGCUUGCCCUGUCCAGCUACAAUCCCUUCAACAAUAACUGCUACAGAGAUGCUAUUGUAACCAGUCUGGUGAACUGCCUGACAAGUUUUGUGUCAGGAUUUGUUAUUUUCACCGUCCUGGGAUAUAUGGCUGAACAGAGAAAUGUAAACGUUGAAGAUGUAGCCAGGGACAAAGGACCCAGUCUGCUCUUCAUCACAUAUCCAGAAGCCAUAGCAAACAUGGUUGGGUCGACUUUCUUUGCCAUCAUCUUCUUUGUGAUGAUGAUUACUCUUGGACUGGACAGCACUUUUGGUGGGCUAGAGGCCAUCAUCACAGCUGUAAUGGAUGAGUACCCAGAUACCCUGUCCCAUCGGAGAGAGCUGUUUGUUCUUGGACUGGUGGUUGUUUGCUUUCUGGGCUCUCUCAGCACCCUUACUAAUGGUGGUGCAUAUGUGGUAAAAUUACUAGAAGAAUUUGGAGUUGGUUCUCCAAUUAUAGCUAUAGUCUUUCUGGAGGCCACAGCAGUAUCCUGGUUUUAUGGUAUUAACAGAUUCAGCAAUGAUAUCAAAUCAAUGUUGGGCUACACUCCAGGACUCUUCUGGAAAGUGUGUUGGGUUGCUAUCAGCCCAGCUUUUCUUGCUUAUAUUAUUAUCAGCUCACUGUUGAACCCUCAGCCCCUCACACUAUUUGACUACGAGUUCCCCGACUGGAGCAUCACGGUCGGUUACAUCAUCGGAGCUUCCUCUUUCAUGUGGAUCCCCAUCUACAUGGUGUACAAGCUUGUGUGGACGCCAGGCUCUCUUAAACAGCGUCUUGCUGUAUGUCUGCGACCAGAGAGAACACUGCCAGACAUUCACACUGACAGUAUGGGGCUAAGCCCUGUACCAUAGACCCCUGAGAGAAAAACAACUAAACACAACUCACAUACAAAAGCCACAUAUACUGGGUUACAUGGGUUACAACUUUUGCAUAGUUUUAGGGAUUUGUCCAAUCAAAAUUUAAAGAAUAAUAUAAAUGAAAUAAAUAAAUAAUGAUAUACAAGGAAUACAUAAAAUGAUCAAAUUUGAAAGUGAUUUGCAAUUAGAUUUUAUCUGUAAAAUGAAAACUGACAUUCAAUGUAAAUUAUAAUAGUUAAUUUAACGAUCUGUGCAUUUUACAAAUAGUUGAUGUUCUAUUUUAAUUUAAGAUCUACGUAUAAUAUAAAGAGUUCAGUAGUAUUUUUUACAUUGUCAGUCAGAUGUACCCUCCAAGUCGCAGAACGUUUUUUGAGAUACAUGCAAAAUGAGAUUACCUCAUUGUGAAUAAUCCAGCCAAUUAGAAAAAGAGAACUUUUUUUCCAGAAAUAACUGUUGUCAAGAUUGAAUCAUUAUGGUGUUUUUCUGCCUUAACUCUGUCUAGAUGUUGUAGCUACUUUGUCAAAACUUUGUAAAAUUUGUACUGAUGUUGUGCCUCACCAAGAAAAGGACAAAAAGAGAAAAAUAAGGGUUUCUUCUGAACUAACAUUACAUGACUGUUUGAAAUUUUCUUUCUCUAAGAAAACUUGAGCCCAAAUCCUAGCUAUGUGUAACGUGUUAAUUUUCUUCCCACAUUUUUUUUCCCAUAUAAAGAACUGAGGAUGUUACUGAACUCUUGAUGUGACCAAAUAUUAAAUUGCUAUGAAUGUCUUAUUAUGGAUAGUUCAAAAUGUGGUUCAUAUACUAUGUCUGCACUGUAGGUUGUGGCAGAGAGUUUUGCUUGUGUGUAUGUCUGGAAAAUUAAUAAAGCUGUACUGAACAUUC